AUGUCUGAAAUUCGAAAUCAAUCAAAAAGUAAUGAAUCUAUAUUAACGAUCAAGCGUUUGCAUGCCGGACUCGAAGAAGCUAGGUUGAGCUGGUAUCCAAAAGAAAUCAACAUUAAAUACGAAGCAGAAGAUUAUUUCUGCGAUGACUUCAUAAUUGAUAUUGCUGCUGGUACUCAUCACUGUUUAGCGUUGUCGAAAUCGGGUAGACUGUAUGCUUGGGGUUCAAACUCUUACGGGCAAUUAGGACUAGGAGACACUAAAAAUCGAAUUUCUCCUGUUGUGGUGGAACAUUUAAACCAUGUAAAAGUUACUCAUAUUUCUUGUGGCGACCAGCAUUCGGCCUGCAUAGACACGGAUAGAAAUUUAGUUAAAAAUCUACCUGAGACAAUCAAACUUAUAUCAUGUGGAACAAACCAUGUUUUGGCAGUCGACGAAGAUGACAACGUAUAUAGUUGGGGUAAUUCCGACGACGGUAAACUUGGUUUUGUAGAAUCUGUAAACGCUUACACACCGAAAAAGCUGCCGUUUUUUUUACCUAAAAACACAAGCAUAUUGCAGGUAUUGGCUUGUAAAAACCACUCUGUAGUUUUAUCCAACAAAGGUUUCGUAUUUGCUUGGGGAUUAUAUAGUUGCUUGUCAAGUAUGGAGAAUUUAUCUAAACCCACCAAUAUUCAAGGAAUACUUUUAGAAACGGGGUUGAACAAUGUCAUGGUGCGACAGAUUUUUGCUGGAGAUGCUUUUACAGGGAUCAUGACCGUUGAAAAUAAACUGGUUUUACUUGGUACACUUGAUAAAAAGUUUUAUCUCAAUUUAAAUUCGGAAACAUUGCUAGAUAUUAAAACAUACAACUCGCCAGUCAUUUAUGAAUUAGGCUUCCGGCCAAAAACGAUUACAGCAGAUUGGUUUCAUUUUCAAAAACAACAAAACACAGCAGAAUGUAAUAUUAUCGAAGUAGAAUGGGCCAUAAACGACAUAAUUCCGGAUAAGUCGCAAAAAAAAAUAGCCGCCAUAUCGCGCGAAACAUUAGAACGAAAAAAAGACGGUGUAACCGCUAAAAAUCAGGAUUAUGAAAGCUACAGUGUUUACUCUACAAUUAACAAUUCGUACAUCAAAUUAAUGUAUUUGGUUUCAUACAUGAACAACAACAGUGCGCCAAAUAUUUCCAUGUUGCAAUCUUAUUUAAAAAGUACUAUUUCUUAUGAAGAACUUCUAAAUUAUAUUUCAGACUUCAAUCUUGAAUGCAAAACGGUGUUUGAAGAGAUACUUCGUUUGAGUACGGUUUAUCAAUCAAUUGACAAAAAAAACAAACAAUUUACCUUAAUUUACAAUGCUUUAACCGUUAUUGAUAACAUGCCUCCUAAAAUAUACGAUGUUAACGCUUCGCAAACUCUCCAGAGCUUACAAGAAACGUACUUACUUGAACAAAUAGUUCGAAUGCAAUAUCUGCAACCUUCUUAUCUUUUAACCAUAUUGGAUACUACUAGUUCGUUAAAUACGAUUUAUUUAACAUGUUCGUAUAUUAAUUCGUUAUAUAAUUUUGAUGGCAACAAAGCCGGUAUUUACGCUUUACUGCGGUACAUAGCACUUUCUGAAGUACAAUAUUAUACUGAGACCGAUCUAGAAUCUUUGUUUAUGUGUGAAGAAAGCGCGUUUCGAAUUCUGCUUGUCGAUUUUUUGUUUCGUAAUUCUACUGAAGUUAAGAAAAUUUUAAAUCCACUUAUUUGUAUUUCGAAUCAGUCUACGACAUCUUUAUUAAAAACACUUUUGGAUUUAGACCUUGGCAUUGCCAGCAACGAUUAUUUAAUAUGGGCUUGCAAUUUUGAAGAGUUUCAAUCUAAAGUUAAUAUGUUAGAAAAGAGUCAAAACAAUAAAAGAAAUACGCCUCCUAAGAAUGAUUCGUCUUCAGCACAAAAUGUUGAACUUGAUUAUGAUAAUAAAAUCGAGUCUGAAUCCGUAUUUUUUGUUUCCGAUAUAACACUGCUUGAUGCAAUAUCCGAUUCAAAAAAAUACAAACUUUCAUUGUAA